UUCUCAAGCCGUUUGGCGGUGAGAUUUGGAUCCAUUUGCUACAUACUGGUGGUUCUCGUUGAAGUUGCUGCUGCCCAUAUACCGCUCUAGACGAACGAUCGUGAUCUCGGAAAGAUGCGCUUGCUAGCGUUUGCUCUGUGCGUGCAGAGCCUGCUGCAGAUUCUGCCGUUGGCUCUCGCCAAACCAGACUUUGGCAUCAGCCUUGCGAUCACGAACAGUGGCAAAGUGUCGCUCGCCGCCCUAGGAGCGAAAACCGUGCUGGAAGCCAUCGACGACAACACACCCUACACCGUGGAGGCGAACUAUAAAGGCACGCAGGAGCUGGCAAAUGUGAUGGUUAAUGUGGCGUCGGUCACGGUGAACCUGGGCACCGAGCUUGUGCCGCUCGUGACCGCACUCGUGUCCGAUGUGUCCGGCGAUGUGGACGCUGCGUUCGGGCCGGUGCUUACGAAGAUAGCGGAAGCGAAAAGUACAAUCGGUGUGCAGCUCCCGUUGGCGAUAGCGGAGAUCAAAGCCAUCCUUAAGACGCACUACAGCAGCGAAGGUCUCGACUACAUACCCCACCAGCUGACCGAUGGUUUCAACCGGAUCGUGCUAGGACUGGACGAUCUUAGCGCAAAGCUGGGCGCCCUCAAGAAGGCUAUCGAAGAUGCCAUUAGCGCGGCCUUUGGCAUCGAGUCACUGACCGAUCAGUUCGUGAAGCAGCACGUCAAGCCAGCGUUCUUGUAUAACGUCGUGUUUGCCAUCAACCAGCUGAAGGCGUACCUGCCGGUUGUGAAGUACACGAUCGACAGUACGCUGGAGAACAUUAAUCUGGCCGACAAGUACGUGCUGCUGGUGGUCCAGGCCUUGCAGCAAUCGGCCGCCACCACUACGCAAUCCAUCAGUUCGGUCAAAACCGUUACGGAUGCGAUAGCGGACGAGGUUAAAACGGGCCUCAACGGAUACUCCACCGACUUCGAAGGAUACAAGACCGAAAUCAGCGAACUCACGGAGCUGGCCGGCUCGACGAACAUUGGCAAAUUGAACGAUGCGCUGGGCAGCUUCACCGCGGCAUUUGGGAAGCUCGCCACCAUUCGCUACCCUGCGAUGGACAAGCACCUGGCGGACCUUAUCGACGCGAUAUCUAAAGCCCUCGGCCAAAGCACAACCCCCGGCCAGAUAUCGUCCGAUCUGCUGGACAGCCUGAUCCUCACCGUGAUUGAGAACGGCAAAUACGCACAGUUCUGCUUCAACAAGUACUACGGGCUGGUGUUCGGAUUCCUAACCUCACUCGGGGACAAUGCGGCGCUGUGCUUUGAUCGGGAAAUUCCACGCCUAAAGGCCCUGCAGGCAUCGUUGCCCGCGCUGAGGGAGCUGCUGAUCUCGGAUUUUGAAGAUCUCCUUGCAGAGCUAACCAUUUGCGAUUCCUUGACAGUGCCCGGCGCGCUGAAUGAGUGUGUCCUGGCGCUAUCUAACUUCUACGCCAACAUUGCGGCUGAGUUCGAGCUCAAGAUCCAAGCCCUGUUCGAGGUGAUCGAAACGGAAACGGUAGCCAGCACGAAUCGGUUCCUGAUCUGCAUCGAGCUGGUGAAGAUGAGCCUGGUCGAGAUGACCGAAGCUAACCUGACAAACGAUAUCCGAAGCUGUGCCAAGGACGGUCCGACGGCGGAUGACGGAGCUAAUUAAAUAAAGGCAGUACAUUAAAGACACAUGUCAAACUGGAAAUAAAGUUUUAUGCUACCGCACGGUUACCGAUGCUACGCUAAAAACGGUGAGAAAAGC